AUGGCCGCCAUCAGCAUGACCAUCCCCUCUGCCCACCCAGCCUACAAGGCCCCAACAACCAUCAAGCCAUUCCUCACCACCCACGUCAAAGAAGUCACGGACAUCAUCAUCUCCAAGACCCAAGACACCCGCCUGCAGGCUUUCCUCGCCCGCCCAUCGCUCGUCACAGAGAUCCACCUCGACAACGACGCCGGCUCCAUCGCCUCAUCUCGCAACUCUUCCAAGGCCGCCGUCGACGCACCUGAAGUCGCACCAGCACCAGUCGAGGCUGAGCCGCAACGAGUCGCCAUGUCGUUCCAGACUGCCACCCCCACUCAGAGCUUGAAGUCGACUAGCUCCUCUACGAGGUCAAGGAUGAGCAUGGGCUGGAAGCAGUACAAGUCGGAUGUGAGGGCCACUUUCAAGGCGAUGGCUCCUUACCACGCCUUUUAG